CUUUCGUUGACGAAUACCGUAAGUUCAACAAAAGGGUAACCUCAGAUCUCAUCGUCCUUCUUCUUCACAGACACAACAAAUAAACUGAUAAACAUUCAACUACAAACUACAAAUAAAACUAGUUUUGAUGGGUACGAGGUGGAGCUGGAGAGCGAUUGUGGUUUUCAUAUGGUGGUGCGCUAUCACCAGCACAACGCAAGCUAUCUGGUUAGACUUACCCACUUCAGGAACCAAGUGUGUCUCUGAAGAGAUUCAAAACCACGUGGUUGUUCUUGCUGAUUACUCCCUCAUCAAUGGUCAAGAGGACGCCCAUAUGCCCUCCGGCGCCACAAUUUCCGUUCGGGUAACCUCGCCAUAUGGAAACAAUCUCCACCACAAAGAGAACAUGACUCAUGGUCAAUUUGCAUUUACAACUAACGAAUCAGGCAACUACUUGGCAUGUUUUUGGGUGGAUGGUCAUCAUCAAGGCACCAAGGGUCUAACUGUUAGUCUUGACUGGCGAAUUGGUAUUGCUGCAAAAGAUUGGGAGUCCGUUGCAAAGAAAGAAAAGAUUGAUGGUGUUGAAUUCGAAUUGAGAAAACUCGAGGGUGCUGUGGAAGCCAUCCAUGAGAAUUUGAUCUAUUUAAAGAACAGGGAAGCAGAGAUGAGGGAAGUGAGCGAAAAGACGAAUGCAAGGGUGGCUUGGUUUAGCAUCCUGUCUCUUGGUGUUUGCAUUGCAGUCUCAGUUUUGCAGUUGUGGUACUUGAAACGAUUUUUCCACAAGAAGAAGCUUAUUUAAACCCUUAUUAAUUAUCAUUAUACAAGACCAAACACUCACUAAUUUCAGAGAGUUUUGAAAAAUGGUACGAUUGUUGUUGUAUUGUUAUGUACACUAGAUACUUUUAUUUAUUUUUUUAUAUAAUUUAAGUAGAAGGCUGCGAUCGAAUUUCA